AUGAGGCUUUUGAAAGAGGUUUUCCAGAGUGCAGGCAGGCAGCUAAAAAAAUUCAGAAGGGAGUUUUAUAAGCAUCCUUAUUUUCAGUCUUUAGGUCCUAAAGAAAUGCGGGUUAGGAUGUCGUGAGCAAAAUUGGCCGAUGGUCACAGAAUAAUGGAAGCUCUGUUUUGGUCUGGCUGGAUCAGGUUUUCAGGCCAUGAAAAGGCGGUCGGAAAAGACGCAUUUUAUUGGCCUUUUUACUCUAACCCACGGUAUAACCGCGAAAUCACAAAAUUCAUGUUUUCAUUCAGAGCAGAAGACAGCUCGAAUCGAAAUAUAAACAAUCUGAUGAUCAUAACAGGCCCUGAGUCUGCAGGAAAGUCUUGGCUACUGAAACACAACCUUGAGAAAUUCCGAAAGGCCACUCCUAACAAAAUCAACCCCUUUUUAGUAUAGAAGUUUCUUUUCAAUAGCGCGAUAAGGCUCAUUCCUAGGUUUUACCGGUUGAUCUUAAACAUAUGAAAACUUGCUAUUCUUUAUUCAUGGGGGAGAAAAAUAGCCUAAAUAAAGAAUUCUGCCUGAUCAAUCUCGAGAACUUGAAGAGAGGCUGUGCGAAAAAUUGACAUUUUGGUUCGUCAAAUGAAUCUGACGAGCCAAUUCUGGCCAUUACUUGAAAUGAAAAAUGGUAGUUGCCAGAAUUUUAUUAAUUUUUUGAUGGCGAGUAUGAUCAGAAUUUUAAUAAAUGGCACAGGAUCAGACAACUUAUUCCUUUCAAACCGAUCUAAUAAUUCCUUUGGUAAUAAUUACAACUGCUUUAUAAAAGUCAAAGUUUGUGCUAAGCGCUUGUUGCUCUUUACGAAGUUACUAAUGACGCAUAUGGUUUUCGUUAGAAAAUUAAAAUGGAGUUAAUAAUUAAAAACUUGUUGAUCGAGUUGUGUUUUUGCGGAAGGAUAGAUUUCUAAAUAAAUGAUGCCAAUUUAAUUAUGACUAACUGCUUUAUAAAAGCCAAAGUUUGUGCUAAGCGCUUGUUGCUCUUUACGAACUUUACUAAUGAUAUUAAAAUUUUAUUCUUAUAAUAUUUUUAAAUUUUUUUUUCAAAUGCUAAAAAAAUAAAAUUUUAAAAUAAUUAUAUCAAUAUAAAUAAAUUUUUUAUAAAAAAUUUUUAUAAAAUAAAAUAAUAAUUUUUCAAAAUUUAUUAUAUCUUUUAUAAAAUGGGACUUUAAUUUUAACAAUAUUUUUUAAUUGGGCUGUCUGAUCCUGUGCCAUUUUUAAAAUUCUGAUCAUACUUGCCAUCAGAAAAUUAAUAAAAUUCUGGCAACUAUCGUUUAUAAUUUCAAGUACCGCCAGAAUUGGCUCGCCAGAUCCAUUUGACGAACCAAAAGUGUAAAUUUGCAAAUAGCCUCUCUUUAAGUUCUCGAGAUUGAUCAGCCAGAACUCUUUAUUUUUACUGUAUGACUCUCUUACAAAGAAGGAACAUCAAAUUUUCAUGUUCCAAAGACCUUUUAGUCGAACCAGGAAGCACGCCUUAUCGCGCUAUUGAAGAGAAAGUUCUAUAUAUAUGGACCUGAAAUCCUGCCAUUCUUUGAGUUUUGAUACUUUUCUUGACAAUUAUGAAAAUACUUUUAUUGACUAUUUAUCAGCGAGAAGUGUAGAAAUGUUCAAAAAUCAACAGGUUUUGACCCCAGAAAGUGUUUUUGACGUGUUUUUCUUUAACCAUGAUAAGCUGUAUCAUGAGUUGAAGCUUUUUGAAAUCCUGCAGCAUGCUGUCAAAGGUGAAGGACUGCUGUGGAUUGACGAAGAAAGAAGAGAAGCUGUCAGAAAUAUACUAGGAAAAUGGGGGAAUAGGGUAUUUUUCAUGUAGAAAUACAAGGAAACUCCGAUAUUUGACUCAUGAAAUGAGCUCUGCAAAGCAUUAGCACCUCAGUACAAAGAGCUAGAAAGCCAGCAUGCAAGAGAAGUAAAAAGCGCAUUCAGCAUAUUCAGAAGCCUGCUAAUCCAAGAAGAGCACGAUGAGGCACCUCCUGCAUAUGAAGCUUCUUUAUACAGAACUGGGCUAAAAAUGCAUGACUUUCUGCUUGACGUUAUGAACCUGAUUGGAGGAUACCAUCAAAUGAGCUCUACCGAGGAAAAUAUUGAAUAUCCCCACGCCCUUAUCGUUUUAGGUAACUCUUAUAUAGAAAACCUGCAGUCAUUAACACACCUUGAAACCUGCGAAAAUCGAGCCAAAAACUUUUUUGAGCACCUUGCAGUGCGGCUUUAUAAUGAAGAAGCCUGGAGAGACCACAUCCCAGUGAUCAUCGAAUCCAACGAUAACGUCUACUUUAACACCCUGAUAUACGACGACCUCUCAAUUUUCGAGACUUCUUUUACGUCUAUUGAAUGAAAAGGGUAGCUUUUACAUAGCGUCGAAACCAAUAGUGACAUUCAAAACUGGCUUCAGCACAUUUUCAAUGAAAGACACUCAGAAAUAAUAGCAAAAGAAAUCGGAGGGAACAUCCACCAUCUUAGGAUCUUUACAGAAGGAAUUAUAAACUCCAAAGAAAAAGAGCCGAACUUCCUUGUGCACCUGAAAUGCAAAGGCAAAGAGUGGGACGAAGAGUAUAAUAAAUUCUUACAUAAGGUAAACAGCCUCUACCUAAGGGACGAAGUAGCCCAUCUUGUAGAAAAAAAUACAAUUGACCAUACUGUAAGCAAUAUUUAGAUCUUUAAUACAAUGGAAAAUUUUAUAUGAGCAAUUGGAGAAAUUAGAACUCCUGAAGCAGUAGGCGAAGAAAUAAAAAACAUGUCCAUCAUGCGAGCCAUGCUUAAAGCUGGGCUCCUUUAUGACGAAAAGCACAAUGAGUAUAUGCAAGUAUCCAGCCAUGUUUAUCACCAUUUCUUUAAAAGGUACACAGCUGAGAUUUGGAAAAAAAUGAGCAUUGUGGAUAAAAUUGAUUAUAGGAUGUGGAGAGUUUUUAACGGCUUCCGUUGGGUUGGUCUGCGCAUAAAAGGUAAUAGAGAAGAACACCAGAGAUUUGAAACUAUAAAAACCCAGAGAGAUUGGGAUGAGGACUUGUACUCAUUUAACUUGGGCAAAAGAGAAGAUCCACGUAGGUUUUCAAGGUACAGGAUGAUGGACGGAAAAUUAAACAACAUGCCUGCUCACUACGGCCCUCGCGGCAGAUGGAAAUUAAUUUUGUCCCCCCGCGUCCUUUUCAUGGGCCCUUUCCUAGCAUUUGCACAUGGUAUAAUGGGCUACCCUUACAAAUGGCUUCACCAGCCUUACCAAUACAUGAAAGAAGGUUCUACUGAGGUCUCCCCAGUUACAAGAUGGAUAAAAUGGCUCCACAGAAGGAGAGUCGUGCCAAGCAUCCUGCCUGACUAUAACGCUGAGUUCUACGGAGGCCAGUUUAAAGACGAGUUUGAAAAAGGACUGUUAAAGAUCGCCUAUAUGGACAAUAACCCCCAGAUGGUCACCAGGACCAUCAAAUGGCGAUAUGUAAGAAAGUGGGCAAAAAACCUAAGAGAACAGUUAAAAAAUAAAUCCUAG